AUGCUGAUUCGUGCUGCUAUCCUCGUAUUGCUUUUUGGUAUGUUACUUUACUUGUAAGGGUUUCAGUGUUUUAGUUAUAAGAAUGUUAGUUUUGAAAUUUGGGCUAAUUGUAAAGCUAGGGUUGGGACUAGGUCUCUGGGCUUUGAACUAGGACUCUAAGCCAGACGUAGACUUAGACCUAAGCCUAGACCUAGACCUAGGUCUCUGGGCUCUGGACUCUGGGCUCUGAACUAGGACUCUAAGCCAGUCCUAGACUUAGACCUAGACCUAAACCUAGACCUAGACCUAGACCUAGACCUAGACCUAGACCUAGACCUAGACCUAGACCUAGACCUAGACCUAGACCUAGACCUAGACCUAGACCUAGACCUAGACCUAGACUUAUACCUAGACCUAGACUUAAACCUAGACCUAGACUUAGACCUAGACUUAGAUUAGGCUUAGAUUAGGCUUAAAUUUGAAGGUAGGUUAAAACUAAGCUUGACAAUAAGCUUGAGAUUAGGCCUGAGGCUAGGUUUGAGGCUAGGACUCUGGGCUAGGGCUUUGGGUUAGGGCUCUGGGCUAAGGCUUUAAGCUAGGACUUUAGACUAGGGCCUUAGACUAGGGCUCCAAGCUAGGGUUUUGGACUUGGACUAGAGCUCUGGGCUAAGUCUCUAUGCUAAGGCUAGAACUCUGGGCUAGAAAUAUGGCAACUUUUUAACUUUAAAAUUUUAGCGGCCGCGUCCUUCUCAAUUCGCUGCUACAAAUGUGAAUAUCUGUCUGACAACAAUAUGACUAUUGCUGCUGAUGCGUGUUUGGAGCCGUCGAAGCUGAACGACACUUUUACGACUGACUGCGAUUUCGGAUGCAAAAAAGAACAUGUUUUUAGGUCUAAUGAAACUGGUACGUUUUAAAGCUUUUAUGAUCGAUAAGUAAUGCUUUAAACUUUAAAUGACAUUUUAAAACCUAUAUUGACCUUUUUAAGCUUCAGAUUACAUUUUUAGGCCUAGAAUGACUUUUCCAGACUGAAAUGACAAUUUAAAGCCUAAAAUGACGUUUUGAAAUCUAAUGUGAUUUAAGCCUAAAAUAACAGAUUAUGUUUAAAAUGACACUUUUGUGCCUAAAUGACAUUAUUAUGCCUUACAUGACAAUUUUAAGCCUGAAGUGACAGUUUUAGUCUGAAGAGACAUUUUAAAGCCUAAUAUGCCAUUUUUAAGCCUAAAGUGACAUUUUAUGUUUUUACUGACGCUUUUAGGCCUUUGACAUUGUUAGGCCUAGAAUGAUAUUUGUAGUUUUAAGCCUAAACUAACACCUUUUUAUUUAAAAAUAUUUUUUUUCAGAUAGCGCCGAGCACUUGAAACGUGAUUGCAGUGAUGAGAAAGACGAGGUAGUUUGAACUUUCUUACUUAAAAUUUCUAUUUUUAAAUUAAAAAUUUAAAAAUUUUUAAAGUUUUUAAAUUUUUAAAACAUUUUUAAAAUUUUUAAAAUCUUGAAAUUAAAAAAAAAUUAUUUAGGUUGGUUGCACAGAAGAAACCACCAUCACUCCUCAGAACAUCACCGUCGACACCUACACUUGCGUAUCCAAGGACAAACUGUCCAAUUCGACUGCCACUUGGUCCAUCUCGUACUUGCUGUUCUUCAUCCUCUAUAUUGGCUACUACUGGUGA